AAAAAAAAAAAGGUUAGUUUUCUCGUAAAGACGUAUAUAAAUAGCACGGUUUGAUAGAGACACAAAAUUUUGGCCGCUUACUCUCUUUCUCUAUCUCUACUAUUGGUUGCUCUGCUUCUGAUCACACAAGACAAUCUAAGGGUAACAGACCACCAUUCAAUUCCAAUGGCAUCUGGACCUUCCAAGGACACUAAUGCUGCCCCCAGGAAGAUGAGAUUUGCACCAAAAGCACCCCCUCGUCGAGUGCCAAAGCCUGAAGUCAAAACGUAUGAAGUGGUGGAGGAUGUGGAUGCUAACCAGGCUAGGGAGUUACUACGACGUUUCAAUGAUGGUUCCAUAAGGGCAAAACCUAAGAUUGAAAAGAAAGAGGCACCAGUACAAGUUGCAUUCGGUGUGGGAGGCGCAUCUCCUUCUCUAAGGUAUGGUGUUCCUAGGGCCGGGAAUAUUAACGACAGCAAUCAAGGAUCAGCCUCAAAGAGUAGUGCAUUUGCUUCAGGCCUGAGAGAGAAAGAAUAUCAAGAACCAUGGGACUACUACAGUUAUUAUCCUGUAACUCUUCCUGUGAGGAGGCCAUAUUCAGGAAAUCCAGAAAUUCUUAAUGAGGAGGAAUUUGCGCGGGAUUCAGAAACCAUAGCUUAUGAUGAAAAUUCAGCAAAUCCAGCAGUAGAGCUUGGUCUAAUGAAGGAGAAUCAGGAAGCAAGCAUGUUAUUUCUUCAGUUGCCACCAACUAUGCCUAUGAUAAAGCGGUCAGCGACUUCAGAUGACCGGGGGGUAACUGACAGCGUGAGGCGUCCUGGGGGUGCACGUACUGUCAAGAAGACCUGUGCUUUGGAUGAGUUACCAGCAGGCUUCAUGGGUAAAAUGCUAGUAUACAGGAGUGGUGCUAUUAAGCUGAAGCUUGGUGAAAGCCUUUAUGAUGUUUCUCCAGGUCUAGAUUGUGUGUUUGCUCAGGAUGUUGUAGCAAUCAAUACUGCAGAGAAGCAUUGUUGCGUAGUUGGGGAGCUCAAUAAGCGUGCCUCUAUAACCCCUGAUGUGGACUCUGUUGUGAAUAGUAUGGCUCAGGCUGAUUUAUGAUAGUUCUUGCCCGUGGGCAAAAUAUAUUUUGGUUUUUAUACUUCAAUUCUGAAACCAUCAGUCCAAAAACGCACUGAUAAAAUUUUGUUUUAGUUCACAUUUAACCAUUUUUUUGUUCCAUCACAAAAUGUCAAAGGAUAAGAUGGCAAGUUGCUAAAGAAAGCUACGGAUUACUCUUUGGAGGAAAAAUAUAGGAAACUAGUUGAAUAUCCUUUUGCUUGUGAUUCUAGCAUGAUUAUUUACAGAUAAUAUCAGAAUCUUUUCAAAUACAGCUGUGGUUACAUUACGUAAA